AUUAAAUAAUGUAUAAACUAUAUGAAUGAAUUAAAAAUGAAAACAGCCGACCAUUUAAGCAGCAGUUUACCAGCGGUUUUAAAGCAGUAUCUUCCGGAUUAUGAACCAACAUUACCCGUAAAACCUCAAGAACCAAUAACCCCCAGGAACAGGUCCCCAGAAAAACUCUCCGACAGAAGCAGAUCUCCAGGGAAGAGGUCCUCGUCCAAAAAUAGCAACAAAGAUGAGGGUUUCCACCAAAGGUCAUCCUCACCAGGAAAUGGACAGAACAAGAGGAGACAAUCCAGUGAAGCUGAGAGAUUGGAAAAGCUGUCUUUGAAGUGGGACAUUGCUAAAAAUGAUGUUAGACAGGACCAGCAUCAACUCCUCAAAGACAAGGUUCUACUGCAACAGCAACUUAUCAAGAAACAAGAUGCCCUCGCUCAGGCCAAGAGGGAAGAGUUGGAAAAGGAGGCUCAAAAGCAAAGAGAGUUGGAAAAGGCUAAAAAGCAGGCCAAAGAGUCAGCCUUACUCCAGCAGUGUAAAAACUCUAUAGAAGAAGAUAGGAAGUCUGCUAGUAAAGAGAGAAAGUCCAAAGCCAAAGCAGCGGUCACUACACCACCCACGCCUUCCUCUACAGGCGUCCCAUCAAGUCCUGUGAGGACGCCCUCUAAAUCCAGACGCUUUCACCCCAACCUACCCCCCGUCAGCCGCACUCCCACAAACACAGAACUGCUGGAGCGCGAUCCCUCAUGGAGCAUGCCCGAGGGGGAACCGUUACCAUGGCAUCAAAAACAACUCUACCAGGUGCUGGGGAAGGGUGCGGACUAUUUUCUGCAUCCUAAGAUCGAGAAGAAAGCUGUUAAACCUAUUAACAGCAAGCUGAGGAAGGAGGGAGGGAAACGCAGGAGACAGGAAACUUCUGAUUCAACAUUUGAUCCCCUAGGUAGAGCUGGGGUGGAGAGACUGUUGAAGACUCUGAGAGAUGAAUCCCAGAUCCGACUUCUAAAGGCCGACGCCCACAUACCACAGGAAUUAAAGGACACGUUUGGGGCCUUUGUACGGGAGAGUGUAGGAAAGGAUCGGCCCCCAGUUCAGAGGUUUUUCUGUGCAGAGGAAGAUGUUCCAGAGUUAGCUAGACUCCAGGACCACUCUAAGUCUGCCCGAGUACGACAUUACAAACACAAGACAGACCUGAUGUUCCGAGCUUCUAAAAACAACGAAGACCGAACCAAUAUUCUGAUUCACAAUAACCCGCCCCCAGAAGUAGCCUCAGUAGACCCCGAAGAGGACGGGGUGGGGCGGUACCUACCCUCCUGGAUUGAUGACCUUGCAGAAUCCGAGCCUGAUUAUAUGAAAUGGGUAACGGGAGGUAAGCAGAGCCAUCGUGACCUGACGAGUCAGCCAAUCAAAGAAGAUGAGGAGGAGCCGGAGAGACAGGAGGAAGAGAGGGCGGAGGAGUUUACAGACGAGGUCAUUCUACAGAUGAGUCGACGAAAACACCACAAACCUCAGCCCAAGUACAUCUUCAUCAAGGACGAGGACACAAACUUCAAAGGGACCUUUACAGACAAGUUCCGAGAUAUGUACGACAACGCUGACAUUCCCCGCCCAUUUAAUGCUAAUAAGCUUCCAUCUCCUACAAAGUCCAAAUCUGUGCUGGGUCUCACAACAGAGGACAUGGCUGAAGAUGAUCGUCCUUCCUGCCAGUCGGCUCCUAUACCCAGCAGACACCGGCGUUAUUACGAUUACGUAUCCCAGUGGGAACCCCUCAGUAUGAAUGCCCUGAUAGAGUACACAAAGAAGAAAGAAGCCGAGGGGGCGGGAGAGUUCAACCAGGGUCGUCCUAAAAUGUGGACCAAUCAAGUCAAGGUCACAUGACCUGAAUGGUGGAUUGUUAGUGAAGAAAGACAACUCUGUGAUUUAUGGAUGUGAUCUGAUUCUUAUGAACUCCUCUUGAUAUAUUAGAAAACUGUGUUAUGAAAUGAGCAUUGUAUUGUCAAAUUUAUACUGACAGUAGCUGAUUUUGUAAUAUAAACAAAAGAGGUUUUUAAAUCACAUUUAUUUAGCAUUAUGUUUUUGCAAAUACAUAUAUUGAGGAAAUUUUGAGACUGUGAUAUUUCUGGAUAUUUUAUGUCCGUCCAACUCUUCUAUUUUGAACU